ACAGACACAAGCACGCGCUAGAGUCAGACGCGCAGGUCUUUGCAUCGGGAACGUGCGUCAGUGCCUGUGCUGUACAGCGCUGUGCUGAGUCUCGAGUGCGGCUGCAUUGAAGAGCUUCAGUCAAGUGGAAUAAAGUUGACCAUGGAGCACCUCUGGGCGAACGUCGUCUUCUCCGCGUUGAUCGUCAUUAUUGACAGAAUCAGCCUCUCGUACUCCUUCAACGUGGGCACUGCGGGGGCUAAGAUUUUCAGCGGUUCACCAGUAGAAGAGUUUGGCUACGCAGUCCAACAGGCCACCAACCACGAGGGAAAAUGGCUUCUGGUUGGCGCUCCUUGGAGUGGUUAUACCAAAAACAGAAAGGGGGAUUUAUACAAGUGUCCGGUGUCAGGGUCCAGAACUAGCUGCGACAAGCUCAACCUUGAAGAUUCCGUCAAUAUUCCAGACGUGACGAACGUCAAUGUCAACAUGUCUCUCGGCAUGACCCUGACCCGUAUGCCUGCAGUCAAUGGUUUGAUGAUGUGUGGUCCCCUCUGGGCACAGAAGUGUGGCGAUCAAAACUACUACCCUGGAAUAUGUUCAAGACUGAGCCCCCUCUUUCAGCCUCAACCUGCCUUCGCUCCUGCCGUCCAGACUUGCGGAGGGCCGAUGGACAUUGUGAUCGUACUGGACGGCUCCAACAGCAUCUAUCCCUGGGCUCCAAUGAGAGAGUUCAUUGAGAAACUCUUACCAACGCUUGAAAUCGGACCCCAAAACACCCAGGUCAGUGUCAUUCAGUAUGCUGUUGAGUCCAAGAUUGAAUUCACACUGAACCAGUACAGAACCAGAGCUGAGUUGCUGAAUGCAGCAUCUAAACUCACACAGAUGCAAGGUUCCUCGACCAAUACGUUCCAUGCAAUUCAAUAUGCCAGUCAGUGGGGUUUCAAUCCGACCUAUGGGGCCCGCCCGAGCGCUUCCAAGGUAAUGGUGGUGGUCACUGACGGAGAGUCCCAUGACCAUGCCUUCAGAGAUACAGUCAUCGCUGACUGUGAAAAGCAAGGGAUCACACGCUUUGGUAUCGCCGUGCUGGGUUACUACACCAGAAACAACAUUGACACUGAAAACCUCAUCAAAGAAAUAAAAUCCAUCGCCAGCGCACCCAUAGAAAAUUACUUUUUCAACGUGUCGGAAGAAGCAGCCCUGUCCAACAUUGCCGGAACGCUGGGCAACCGCAUCUUCAACAUAGAAGGCACAGGAAAGGGGGGUGACAAUUUCAAGAUGGAGAUGUCCCAGGUGGGCUUUAGCGCUCACUACUCCAGUAAAAAGGGCACGAUGAUGCUUGGAGCAGUGGGGGCCUAUGGUUGGGCUGGGACUGUCGUCCACCAAAUGGGCUCUAAAGUGGAUGUUCUCCCUGUCUCAGCCUUUGAGGGAACACUUCAAGAUAGAAACCACAGCUCGUUACUGGGUUACUCUGUUAGCACUCUGAGUGAGGGCACGACAGAAUAUUUUGUGGCUGGUGCGCCUCGCUCCAACCACUCGGGACAAGUCAUCGUCUACAGCUUCAACGAUCAGGAGCAAUUCACUAUCAUCGAUUCGGAGCGAGGGAAGCAGAUUGGAUCUUAUUUUGGAAGCGUCAUGUGUUCGCUGGACGUGGACAAAGACGGGGAGACAGACUUGCUGCUGGUUGGCGCGCCCAUGUUUAUGAGCGAGCAGAAGAGAGAGCAAGGCCGUGUUUACCUCUUCACCGUCACCAAGGGGAUCCUGAACGAGCAAGGAUUCCUCAAAGGCUCUCCUCCGACUGAGAACGCGCGUUUUGGGAUGGCCAUAUCGGCCAUUCCCGACCUGGACCUUGACGGUUACAAUGACGCUGUCGUCGGAGCGCCCCUAGAGGACAAAGGAAGAGGUGUCAUCUACAUCUACAAUGGGAGGAAGAAGACAUUAGACAAGCAGUUCUCACAGCAAAUACGCGGCUCUAAAAUGGACCCUCAAGUGAUGUUUUUUGGGAGGUCCCUUGAUAGCGACAAAGACUUGAAUGAUGACACAGUCAGUGACAUAUCAGUGGGUGCAUAUGGAAAAGUCGUCCAGCUCUGGUCCCGAGGUGUGGCCACACUCUCAGCCACUGCUUCUUUUGAACCCGAAAAGAUCAACAUUUUCAGCAAACCUUGUGACGUUAGUGGACGCAAGAUGUCGUGUUUCAACACCAACCUCUGUUUCAGUGCAACGUUCAGGCCCCAAAAUCCUGUUGGACCCAUUGAUAUCGCCUACACAUUGACUCUGGAUGCCGAUUUGCAGGCUUCACGUGUCACCUCCAGAGGGCUUUUUAUGGAAAACAAUGAGCGUUGGCUUUCAAGGAACGCCAAGAUAUCAUCUACUGUGCAGUGUCAAGACUUACAAGUCUACGUACAGGAGACGCCAGAUUUUGUCAAUUCGGUCAGUCUGAAGGUGGAAAUCGAACAGCAGAACGCCGACGCUAACCCAGUCCUUGACGUCUUCUCUUUGACCGCCUGGGAGUUCUUCAUUCCCUUCACUAAAGACUGCGGCUCCGAUGAGGUGUGUGUAAGUGAUCUGGUGCUGAGUGUUAAGACCGACACAAAGGGGUCCAGCUCAGCUCCUUUUCUGGUCAACACCAAUAAGCGGGAGCUGUCAUUCGAGGUCACAGUGAAGAACAAAAAAGAAAAUGCCUAUAACACUCAGGUGUUGGCUACAUAUUCAGCCAACCUCUUCUACUCUUCUGUAUUUCCUCCUACAGAAGGAGUCAAAUGCACUUCAACGCAAGAGCAAACUGUUGUUUGCCAAAUGGGAUACCCGGCCUUGAAAAAAGACCAAAUGAUGAAAUUUCAGCUCAAUUUCGAAUACAACCGCAAUCAUCCGCUGAAUCGAGCCAAGGUCCAGUUUGUGGCUAAAAGUGACAGUAAAGAGCAGGUCCCCACGGACAACCAAGUGGACAUGUCCAUCCCUCUUCAAUACGAUGCAGGCAUUGUUUUAUCCAGGAAAUCAAACAUCAACUUCUAUGUAGCAAAUUCAACCACUGCGCCCGAAACAACGGUGAAAACAUUGGAUGACAUUGGACCGGAGUUUAACUUCACUGUGAAGGUUUCAACAGGCAACUUCCCAGUCAGCCUCCUCUACCUGACCAUCUCUCUGCCAGUUAGCACCAAGGGAGGAAACCCACUACUCUAUCUUACCACUGUGGAAACGCAAGUUGGCAGUUCUCUCGGCUGUGAUUCCAGCGGCCUGGCGGACCCACUGAGGAUCGGCGUCAAGGACUACCAAGCCUCCUUCACUGAGGAGAGUCUCCGAGGCAUCGAGAAGCUGGAUUGCCAGAGUGCAAAGUGCGAGAGGAUCAAAUGUCUCCUCAAAGACGCUGCUGUCACAAGCGACUACUAUGUGAACGUUAAAACAAGAAUUUGGAGUGGGACAUUUAUUACGGCGGCCUAUCAGACCACUGAACUGAUCUCCGCCGUUGAUGUCGAGAGCUCCAACCCUGAUUUAUUCAUCAUCCGCCUCAAAGAGCUGCCGGUGGUGGUCACAGUGAGUAAACCGGGAGCGACGGGCGACGUUCCGGUGGGAGUGAUUGUUGGCAGCGUGAUCGGUGGGCUGGUGCUACUGGGCCUGGCUGUUGCUCUGCUGUGGAAGUUUGGAUUUUUCAAAAGGAAAUACCAGCAGCUGCAAAAAGAUGCAGACGCGCAGAGCCACGCAUACGAGGAUGAGGUGUUGUGAGGUGCCACCACGUCAACAAGGUUCCACCGUCAUUCUCCCCGGGUUGUGUGUGUCCCGUUUGCACACCGGUACUUCUCAAGCACACUGACCAACAGAAGCUCUCUCCUUCUUCCUGUUUGGUCCUUUUGCACAGUUGCUUGCAUGUGUGAAGAGACUUUUGUUGUUGUUGUGUUAAUAUGAGAGGAAGAAAAAAAAAAAAAAAACAUGCAGCAAGAUCUUAUUGUUCCUUACACGUUUAACACUGGUGUUUCGUUUUGUAAAAAGAAUACUUGUGCAACACCAUCAACAAGUAUUAUGAAUAUACGGUAUUCUAGCUCUUUUUUUUUAGGCUCAGUUGAGUACAAAAAAGGUGGUGAGCUGCAUGCAUAAACUACUGACAUGACUUAACACUCAGGGCUGUUUCUUGCUUUUGGACUAAUUGAAUAUUAGUGGCGGAAUAGCGGUUAGCACAUCUGCCUUUGAACCUCUGUCAUGGGUUUGCAUGUUCUCCGCUUGUUUGUGUGGGUUUCCUAUGGGUCCUCUGGGUUUAUCCCGCAUUCCAAAAAGCACGCCUGUUAGAUUCAUCCAAGACUUGAAAUUGUCCAUAGGUGUGAAUGUGAACAUCAAUGGCUUCAGGUAAUUGCCCCGUGCGGCUGCAUAUAUUGCACAUGCCAGAAACCGUCGCUGAUUGCAGUGUGAGUUCAGUUCCCAUUCAGUGACAGUGUAAAUGUGAGUUGUGUGUCUCUGUAUGCGCCCUGCAAUUGGCUGGCGACCAGUUCAGGGUGUACCCCGCCUCUCGCCCAAAGUCAGCUCGGAUUGGCUCCAGCGCACCCACAACCAAAAUGACGUCAAGCACUACAGACAAUGGAUGGAUGGUUGAAUCUGUAGUGAGAAUUCAAAAUGUAGAAUGUACGUUUGUUUCUUUAUAUUUUUUUUGCUGUAUAUAGUGUAAAAUGAAAUUAUGGUUUAACUUUUAUGUGUGAAUAGUUUCCUGUCCUGUCCACAAGUGAUAUUUGUGUAUGUAUGUGUUCAUUUUGCAGCUUUAAAACUGGAUGUUCAUAAAUAGGCAAUAGGCACCAAGCAAUGGUGCAAUACUUAUAAUAGUAUCACAUGUGAAAAUUACCUAAUCCAAAUAAGUCAAUGUGUUUUUUUGUGUGUGUGUGGUUUUUUUGGGUUUUUUUUUUACAUUUGUAGCAAGCCAAUAGUGGUUUUGUAACAAGAGAGCGACAUCUGUAUGUAUUUGCACACUUUUACCACAAGAGAGCAGCAAGAUCUAAAUUACUCGUUGAUCUCCCUCAGCAUUUUCAUCAUGAGACCAGCGUUAAAUGACUUGACACUUUUUUUUUUCCCUUGAACAAGCAGAAUUAAAUUUCAUUUGUGAUUAGAUUGUCUUCCCUUUUUCUCCUUAU